CACCAGCAGCAUUGAUCAGUACGUUUUGAGUUGUGCUUCGCGACGGUUGUUGAUCUUUCAAAGUGCUCCACGAAUACGAAAUAUGAAAUACAAGUUUGCCCAAUUGAGCAUCUAAGCGAAUAACGAAUAACGAACGUCUCUGUAUUUGUCUCUAUCUCUGGCUGUGUCUCUCUCUGUGUCUCUGUGUGUGUGCUAAGCUUUUACGCUCCCACUACCGCUCCCGCUGUUACGCUCACAUGCUUGCUUACACGCUCAAGUGUAUCGCCGUUUCCCCUUGCGUCUCUGACUAACUGUCUCUGUCUCCGUGUCGGUGUCGGUGUGUGCGUGUGACAGUGCCACCGUUUGUCAUUUUCAACUUGAACUAUGGUUCGCGUAUACGUGUGUGUUGUUCGAGUAUAAUAAAUACAUGCUAUAAUAUUAUUUAAAAAUAAGUAUUUCGACAUUCCGUAGUGGAAAUUAGGAGACACUGAGACCCCAAACAUAUUAACAACUAUAUAUACACACAUCUAUACACCAAUUGAGUGCCAAACCAAGCGAUAAUUGUGAUUAAUAACAACAAAAAACGUACAACGAAAAGCAUACGAAAUAAAAAAAAAAUAAUAAUAACAAAAAACUUUUUGAAGCCAUUAAAAUAUCAACUAGACUACAUUUUUCACGACAUACAGUCAGCGAUUACCUCAUCUGUGUGAAAAACUAGCCAGCAAAAUGGUAUCAAAAAGCAAUAAAAAGAAACAAGUGUCGCAGCCGCAGCCGCAGUCGCAGUCGCAGCCGCCGCCAGCCACAUCAAGCACAACAACAUCAACAACGGCCUCGGCGACCAAAUUAACCAAAAAGCUGGGACCGAAUGCGACGGCAACGCUAACAACAAACAGCAGCUCGACUUCAAUGGAGCAUGAAUCUGUCUCUUAUGGUGGGGCGCCUGAAGCGAGCACUAGUAGCUCGGUGAGGGAUAGGGAAAGUCUGGUAGCUGCAACAGCAGCAACAGGUGGGAAAAGCUAUAGCUCCAGUUCAUACACAGCGAAAUCUCAGUCACAAUCGCAGACACAGCAAUCGGAGCUAUAUAGCAGUAGCAGCAGUGCCAAGAUCUCUAGGGAUUAUUCAAACGAAAAGAUCAUAUCGUCAAUUGAUCUGCUUGAAAGUGAGAAAAAGGAACCGGUAUUUUCGGUGCCCAUUGAGGUGGUCGAAAUCACAGCUCCUGCUGGCAGCGGUCUUAUAAUGUCAGCCAGUGGUGGCAGCGUUUCCAAAAUGUAUGCCUCCUCGUCAAAAACAUCAAGCAGCCACCAGCAGGCGAGCAGCUCCAGUUACUUUGAGUCCACAACCAGUUCCAGUCAGCGGAGUGCCAACGAAACGCUCAUUGCAAGCGAGAGAGCGGCAACAUCGUCUACCGGUAUGACAUCAUCUUCGUUGUCUAGCAGCAAAUAUGUAGAUGUAGCCGAACAGGUUGCCUUCGAUAGCAGCAACAUCAGCAACACCAAUAUCAACACCAGUAACACCAAUACAAGCAACCUCAACACCAGCCACAGCACAAACACUAACACCAACACAAACAGCAACAGCAACACCAACAUCAUCAACAGCAGCAGCGAAUCUCAGAGCGUGCCAAAGUCAAAGGCUGUAACUGAAACAAAAACAGCUGUAGGUGUUGUCGACGUCUCAGAUACGUCAUCAACAACGAUGACGUCGCAGCGCAUUGUUCGCGAACCGGUCGCGACCACAACAAACGCAACGUCAUCGACUGCUGCCACACGACGUGACGAUAAAGUGGCAAGCACAGCUGUUAGUGUUGAUUAUGAUGUUGAUGUUAAUGUGGAUAGAGCGACGUCAUCGAUUCAAUCCAAAUCCAGUAACAAGGAGUUCAGCGAAAGUACCAUUAAACAGAGUAGCAGCAGCACAAAGCAGUCGACUUCGUCGUCUAAGAAAGAGGUGUACGAUGUGAAAACGAAAACCUGGAGCGAGUAUAGCGAUGGCACCACACACGGUACAAACAAAAAGACACCCACAUUUGAGCGUUACGUUAGCAAGGAUUCCGAUGGCACCACAAAAGUGACAUAUAAGAAGAAGAUAUACGACAGGCGCAACAAUAGAUGGCGCGUGGUGGAUGAGCGCACUGUGGAUAGCACCAGUGAUGUGGGCUAUCCCGAAAUAGUCGAUGAUGUCAUAAAUACAACAACCACAACAUAUACGACAAAGGUGUACGACACGAAACUUGGCAAGUGGACGGUCGUUGACGAGAAAUCGUACACUGAUACGAAAGCUUUUGUGCCCAAUGACAUUGCUCGUGAAAUCGAAAAAGAUAAUACCGAUGUUGCAAACAUAACGACUACUACAGAAGUAACAAAGAUAUUUGAUGCGAGCAUUAACGAUUGGCGAGUGUUGGAUGAAAAGGUUCACACCGAUGUCAUUGAAAAAAUUGUGGAGACUCCUAAGAAGACAAUAUAUGUUGAUGAAUUUGUGGAAAUUGAGAAGAACACCUCAAUUUCGGAAAACAAUGAAAAAAUAACAUUGAAUCUUAACGAAACGUCGAAACACAAAAAUAUUACCGAGAAUAUUUAUGAUGAAAUCGAUUAUGUGCGCACUGACAAAAAGCGGUUAGACGAUUCAAUAACACGGGGAGUCGAUAAGAACAAGAAAACGACACAUAGUGAGAGGUGCAUCUGUGAAAUAUGUACUUGCGGGCGUCAUCAUUGCUCCACCAGCAAAACGAAGUCAACAGAAAAUACAGUUGUUGAAAUAGAUGAUAACGUCGACGAAUCUUACACUAGGAUACGUACUAACACUUGGUCUAAAAAAGAAGAAAACAUUCCGAAGAAAAAUGAAGACAUACUAGUAGACUAUAUGGUCAUAAAGAAGCCAGAAGAUAAUUUAAAAACUGGAGGAGAAUUUUCAGCACCACAAAAAGAACCAUACAGGCCAAGCGAAAGGCGGGAAAAAAUUGUACACAUUGACAAUCUACGCUUAGAUGGAGAAAUGACUUUUGUGGAAAAAGAGGAUUACCAAUACGUUACUCGACCUGGAUAUGUCAAACCAACGGAUAAUCUUAAGCCAGAAGGAGAUUUUUACAGCCCGGAGAAGCCUAAGUUCCAACCUGGAGAGCGUCCAUCUCAAGUCAGGCCAGAAGAUAACUUAAAAAGCGAAGGAGAAUUCUACGUUCCAGAAAAACCUGGUUACAGGCCCUCUGAACGUCCAACUCAAAAGAAACCUGAAGACAACUUGAAAACCGAAGGAGAAUUUUACACUCCAGACAAACCUGGAUAUAGACCGGCAGAUAAAACGGAAAGAAUCAUCAGAAAGGAUAACUUGCGUAAUGAAGGCGAAAUGACCUUUGUGGAGCGGGAAGAGUAUCAAUAUGUUAUUCGCCCUGACCAGGUUAGGCCAACAGACAACCUUAAAAUGGAUGGACAAUUUUAUAGUCCAGAGAAACCAAAGUUUAUUCCCGGUGAGCGUCCAUCUCAAGUCAGGCCAGAAGACAACUUGAAGAACGAAGGCGAAUUCUACGUUCCAGACAAACCUGGAUACAAGCCUGCGGAACGUCCAGUUCAAAAAAAACCAGAAGACAACUUAAAGAAUGAAGGUGAAUUCUACGCUCCAGAGAAGCCCAAGUAUAGGCCAGCUGAACGUCCAUCUCAAGUCAGACCAGAGGAUAAUUUAAAGAGCGAAGGCGACUUCUACACUCCAGAGAAACCUCAGUUCAAACCUGCAGAACGUCCUGUUCAAAAGAAACCCGAAGAUAACUUGAGGAACGAAGGCGAAUUCUACGCUCCAGAGAAACCGAAAUAUACGCCAGGGGAUCGUCCAUCACAAGUCAGACCACAGGACAAUUUAAAGAGCGAAGGCGAUUUUUACACUCCAGAGAAACCUCAAUUCAAACCGUCAGAACGUCCAGUUCAAAAGAAGCCCGAAGACAACCUAAAGAACGAAGGCGAAUUCUACGCUCCAGAGAAACCCAAGUAUAGGCCAGGUGAACGUCCAUCCCAGGUUAGACCAGAAGAUAAUUUGAAAAGCGAGGGCGAUUUCUACACUCCAGAGAAACCUCAAUUCAAACCAGCAGAGCGUCCAGUUCAAAAGAAACCCGAAGAUAACUUGAAGAAUGAAGGCGAAUUUUAUGUUCCGGAGAAACCAGGAUAUAGACCUGCAGAGAAAACUGAAAGAAUCAUUAGGAAAGAUAAUUUGCGUAACGAAGGCGAAAUGACGUUUGUGGAGAGGGAAGAGUAUCAAUACGUUGUUCGUCCUGAGCAGAUGAGGCCUACAGAUAACCUUAAAAUGGAUGGCCAAUUCUAUAGCCCAGAAAAACCGAAGUUUGUCCCUGGCGAGCGUCCAUCCCAAGUCAGACCAGAGGACAAUUUAAAGAGCGAAGGCGAUUUCUAUACUCCAGAGAAACCUCAAUUCAAACCGGCAGAACGCCCACUUCAAAAGAAACCCGAAGACAACCUUAAGAAUGAAGGUGAAUUCUACGCUCCAGAGAAACCCAUAUAUAGACCAGGAGAACGUCCAUCCCAAGUCAGACCAGAGGAUAAUUUGAAGAGCGAAGGCGAUUUCUACACUCCAGAGAAACCUCAAUUCAAACCGGCAGAGCGUCCAGUUCAAAAGAAACCCGAGGAUAACCUGAAGAAUGAAGGUGAAUUCUACGCUCCAGAGAAACCGAAAUAUACGCCAGGAGAACGUCCAUCCCAAGUCAGACCAGAGGAUAAUUUGAAAAGCGAAGGCGAUUUCUACACUCCAGAGAAACCUCAAUUCAAACCUGCAGAGCGUCCAGUUCAAAAGAAACCCGAAGAUAACUUGAAGAACGAAGGCGAAUUUUAUGUUCCGGAGAAAACAGGAUAUAGACCUGCAGAGAAAACUGAAAGAAUCAUUAGGAAAGAUAAUUUGCGUAACGAAGGCGAAAUGACGUUUGUGGAGAGGGAAGAGUAUCAAUAUGUUGUUCGUCCUGAGCAGGUGAAACCAACAGACAACCUUAAAAUGGAUGGUAAGUUCUAUAGCCCAGAAAAGCCAAAGUUUGUUCCUGGAGAGCGUCCAUCCCAAGUCAGACCAGAGGAUAAUUUGAAGAGCGAAGGCGAUUUCUACACUCCAGAGAAACCUCAAUUCAGGCCGGCGGAACGGCCAGUUCAAAAGAAACCAGAAGAUAACUUGAAGAAUGAAGGCGAUUUCUACACUCCAGAGAAACCUCAAUUCAAACCAGCAGAGCGUCCAGUUCAAAAGAAACCCGAAGAUAACUUGAAGAAUGAAGGCGAAUUUUACGCUCCAGAGAAACCCAAGUAUAUGCCGGCAGAACGUCCAUCCCAAGUCAGACCAGAGGAUAAUUUGAAGAGCGAAGGCGAUUUCUACACUCCAGAGAAACCUCAAUUCAAACCGGCAGAGCGUCCAGUUCAAAAGAAACCCGAGGAUAACCUGAAGAAUGAAGGUGAAUUCUACGCUCCAGAGAAACCGAAAUAUACGCCAGGAGAACGUCCAUCCCAAGUCAGACCAGAGGAUAAUUUGAAGAGCGAAGGCGAUUUCUACACUCCAGAGAAACCUCAAUUCAAACCAGCAGAGCGUCCAGUUCAAAAGAAACCCGAAGAUAACUUGAAGAAUGAAGGCGAAUUUUAUGUUCCGGAGAAACCAGGAUAUAGACCUGCAGAGAAAACUGAAAGAAUCAUUAGGAAAGAUAAUUUGCGUAACGAAGGCGAAAUGACGUUUGUGGAGAGGGAAGAGUAUCAAUAUGUUGUUCGUCCUGAGCAGGUUAGGCCAACAGAUAACCUUAAAAUGGAUGGUAAAUUCUACAGUCCAGAAAAACCGAAGUUUGUUCCUGGAGAGCGUCCAUCCCAAGUCAGACCAGAGGAUAAUUUAAAGAGCGAAGGAGAUUUCUACACCCCGGAGAAACCUCAAUUCAAACCUGCAGAACGACCAGUUCAAAAGAAACCGGAGGACAACUUAAAGAAUGAAGGUGAAUUUUACGCUCCAGAGAAACCCAAGUAUAUGCCGGCAGAGCGUCCAUCCCAAGUCAGACCAGAGGAUAAUUUGAAGAGCGAAGGCGAUUUCUACACUCCAGAAAAACCUCAAUUCAAACCGGCAGAGCGUCCAGUUCAAAAGAAACCCGAGGAUAACCUGAAGAAUGAAGGUGAAUUCUAUGCUCCAGAGAAACCGAAAUAUAGGCCAGGAGAACGUCCAUCCCAAGUCAGACCAGAGGAUAAUUUGAAAAGCGAAGGCGAUUUCUACACUCCAGAAAAACUUCAAUUCAAACCAGCAGAGCGUCCAGUUCAAAAGAAACCCGAAGAUAACUUGAAGAAUGAAGGCGAAUUUUAUGUUCCGGAGAAACCAGGAUAUAGACCUGCAGAGAAAACUGAAAGAAUCAUUAGGAAAGAUAAUUUGCGUAGCGAAGGCGAAAUGACGUUUGUGGAGAGGGAAGAGUAUCAAUAUGUUGUUCGUCCUGAGCAGGUGAAACCAACAGACAACCUUAAAAUGGAUGGUAAAUUCUAUAGCCCAGAAAAACCGAAGUUUGUUCCUGGUGAACGUCCAUCCCAAGUCAGACCAGAGGAUAAUUUGAAGAGCGAAGGCGAUUUCUAUACUCCAGAGAAACCUCAAUUCAGGCCGGCAGAACGUCCAGUUCAAAAGAAACCAGAAGACAAUCUAAAGAAUGAAGGCGAAUUCUACGCUCCAGAGAAACAUAAAUACAGGCCUGCGGAGCGUCCAUCCCAAGUCAGACCAGAGGAUAAUUUGAAGAGCGAAGGAGAUUUCUACACCCCAGAGAAACCUGAAUUCAAACCUGCAGAACGUCCAGUACAAAAGAAACCCCAGGAUAACCUAAAGAAUGAAGGUGAAUUCUACGCACCGGAGAAACCCAAGUAUAGGCCAGCGGAACGUCCAUCCCAAGUCAGACCAGAGGAUAAUUUGAAGAGCGAAGGCGAUUUCUACACCCCAGAGAAACCUGAAUUUAAACCUGCAGAACGUCCAGUUCAAAAGAAACCAGAAGACAACCUAAAGAAUGAAGGUGAAUUCUACGCUCCAGAGAAACCCAUGUAUAGACCAGGAGAACGUCCAUCCCAAGUCAGACCGGAGGAUAAUUUGAAGAGCGAAGGCGACUUCUACACUCCAGAGAAACCUCAAUUCAAACCGGCAGAACGUCCAGUUCAAAAGAAACCAGAAGACAAUCUUAAGAAUGAAGGCGAAUUCUAUGCUCCAGAGAAACCCAAGUACAGGCCAGGUGAGCGUCCAUCCCAAGUCAGACCAGAGGAUAAUUUGAAGAGCGAAGGUGAUUUCUACACUCCAGAGAAACCUCAAUUCAAACCGGCAGAGCGUCCAGUUCAAAAGAAACCCGAGGAUAACCUGAAGAAUGAAGGUGAAUUCUACGCUCCAGAGAAACCGAAAUAUAGGCCAGGAGAACGUCCAUCCCAAGUCAGACCAGAGGAUAAUUUGAAGAGCGAAGGCGAUUUCUACACUCCAGAGAAACCCCAAUUCAAACCGGCAGAGCGUCCAGUUCAAAAGAAACCUGAGGACAACUUGAAGAAUGAAGGCGAAUUUUAUGUUCCGGAGAAACCAGGAUAUAGACCUGCGGAGAAAACUGAAAGGAUUAUCAGGAAAGAUAACCUGCGAAAUGAAGGCGAAAUGACGUUUGUGGAGAGGGAAGAGUAUCAAUAUGUUGUUCGUCCUGAGCAGGUUAGGCCAACAGAUAACCUUAAAAUGGAUGGUAAAUUCUAUAGCCCAGAAAAACCGAAGUUUGUUCCUGGUGAACGUCCAUCCCAAGUCAGACCAGAGGAUAAUUUGAAGAGCGAAGGUGAUUUCUACACUCCAGAGAAACCUCAAUUCAAACCGGCAGAGCGUCCAGUUCAAAAGAAACCCGAGGAUAACCUGAAGAAUGAAGGCGAUUUCUACACUCCAGAGAAACCUCAAUUCAAACCGGCAGAACGUCCAGUUCAGAAGAAGCCAGAAGAUAACUUGAGGAAUGAAGGCGAAUUCUACGCUCCAGAGAAACCCAAGUAUAGGCCAGGUGAACGUCCAUCCCAGGUUAGACCAGAAGAUAAUUUGAAAAGCGAGGGCGAUUUCUACACUCCAGAGAAACCUCAAUUCAAACCGGCAGAGCGUCCAGUUCAAAAGAAACCCGAGGACAACCUAAAGAAUGAAGGCGAAUUCUACGCUCCAGAGAAACCUAUGUAUAGGCCAGGAGAACGUCCAUCCCAAGUCAGACCAGAGGAUAAUUUGAAAAGCGAAGGCGAUUUCUACACUCCAGAGAAACCUCAAUUCAAACCAGCAGAACGUCCAGUUCAGAAGAAGCCAGAAGAUAACUUGAAGAAUGAAGGCGAAUUCUACGCUCCAGAGAAACCCAUGUAUAGGCCAGGUGAACGUCCAUCCCAGGUUAGACCAGAAGAUAAUUUGAAGAGCGAAGGCGAUUUCUACACUCCAGAGAAACCUCAAUUCAAACCGGCAGAACGUCCAGUUCAGAAGAAGCCAGAAGAUAACUUGAAGAAUGAAGGCGAAUUCUACGCUCCAGAGAAACCCAAGUAUAGGCCAGGUGAACGUCCAUCCCAGGUUAGACCAGAAGAUAAUUUGAAAAGCGAGGGCGAUUUCUACACUCCAGAGAAACCUCAAUUCAAACCGGCAGAGCGUCCAGUGCAAAAGAAACAUGGUGAUAACUUGAAAAGUGAAGGCGAAUUUUAUGUUCCAGAGAAACCAGGAUAUAGGCCUGCAGAGAAAACGGAAAGAAUUAUUAGGAAGGAUAACUUGCGAAGUGAAGGCGAAAUGACCUUUGUGGAGAAAAAAGAAUAUCAAUAUGUUGUUCGCCCCGAGCAAGUAAAACCAACUGAUAAUCUGAAAAUGGAUGGAAAAUUCUAUAGCCCUGAAAAAACGAAGUUUGUUCCGGGUGAACGCCCAUCUCAAGUCAGACCUGAAGAUAACUUAAAGAACGAAGGUGAAUUCUACGUUCCUGAAAAACCUGGUUACAAACCCGCCGAACGUCCUGUGCAGAAGAUUCCAGCAGACAAUUUGAAAAAUGAAGGAGAAUUCUAUUCGCCAGAGAAACCGAAAUAUAAACCUGCUGAACGUCCUGUUCAAAAGAAACCUGAAGAUAACUUGAGAAAUGAAGGAGAAUUCUUUACUCCAGAUAAGCCUAAGUAUAGGCCAGCAGAAAAAACGGAAAGAAUAAUUCGGAAGGAUAAUCUGCGUAGCGAAGGUGAGAUGACGUUUGUCGAAAAGAAGGAAUAUCAAUAUGUGGUCCGGCCUGAACAAGUUAAGCCAACUGAUAAUCUUAAAAUGGAGGGUGAUUUCUUUAGUCCUGAGAAACCUGGUUAUAAGCCAGCAGAAAGACCUACACAAAAGAAACCUCAGGAUAAUUUAAAAACUCCAGAAGGCAAAUUCUAUGUCCCAGAAAAGGAAACAUUUAAGCAAGCAGACAAGGUUAAAACAGUUGUAAGGAAAGAUAAUUUAAAGAACGAGGGUACAAUGACAUUCACAAAAAAAGAAGAAUAUCAUUACACGACAAGACCCGAACAAGUAAGGCCAAGCGAUAACUUAAAGCUCGAUGGACCUUUCUAUACUCCUGAAAAAACCACAUUUAAGCCUGCGGAGCGACCUAUCCAGAAAAAACCGAAGGAUAAUCUCAAACAGGAGGGUGAAUUUUAUAAACGAUCUGAUAGAACUGAAACCGAUAGCACCACGAUAUUAGAGAAUGUUAAAAGAGAGACUCCCAAGCGGCCGGUAGAUAAUUUAAAGCUUGAAGGAACUAUGACUGUGACAAGAAAGGAUGAUUUUAAGACCACCAAUAAGACCACCAUAGACAAAAUACAGCGAACACAAAAAUACAAGCAUAACAGCUCAUCUAUCAGUUUGGGAACUGAUACUUCAAUUCUGAAAACAACUAACCAGAUGAACUUUGUUUCUGGCAAGGACGCGGUUAAGCAAGUGGAUGCCAACAGCCAAAAUCCAGUCGACGGCUUAAUCAUUGUUUCAACGAAGAAGGUUACAACUGUAGUCGGUGGUCGAGCUAAAAAGGAACCGGAAACUGAAUAUGUCAAGAGACCAGCAAAAAUAAAUGUAAUUGAAAAUGUUUCCAAGAAUACGACGUCCACAAACAUUGAGAAUACUAAAAACAUACAUAAGGAAAGCACAUCGAUGCAAAGAAAUCUCAAUAUUGUUGAAAAAUCUUCAGAAAAUAUGGAGAGAAUUCGGGGAUCAACAGUUGACAAUAGCGCUCUUCAGACGUCCACAUCGACAAUAAAUCAAGGCAAGCUAGCUACCAACAAUGCGACAGGAACAGGAGGCUCAACAUCACAUUUAGUCACACAAAGUACAGUGUCCAAGAAUGUUAAAGGCAGCUCAACAUCACAUUUGGCCGAUAGCAGCUCUGUAACCAAAAAUGUGACCGGUAGCUCAACUUCUCAUUUGAUUGAUAACAACAAUAUAACCGGUAGUUCAACAUCCCAUAUGACUGGUAACAAUUCUGUUUCUAAAAAUAUGACUAGCUCAACUUCUCAUGUGAUAGGUAACAACUCUGUCACCAACAAUAUUACUGGUAGUUCAACAUCCCAUGUGUCUUCUUCUAAGCAUUUCCAUCACAGGAAGAGUGAGUUCUCUUCUGAAGCCGAUGUGUCCAACUCUAUAUUCCACAGAAAGAAUGCUUCAAGCGAUUCGAAUGCAGUCAACAGCAGCUUAACUUCAAAUGGAAAGAUGCAGCGCAAGAGUAUUCUAAAUCUACAUGAGCAACCCUUGAGCAGUAAUAUCCAUUCGAAUGAUCGCCAGAGUUACAGUAGUAUCCAUCGUCAGAAUAGGGAAACUGAGCAGAACACAAGUUUCUCAUCUGAGCGUCGCAGCUGCAGCGUGCACAAGGAAAACAAGGAUCUUCAAAUGAAAAGCGCUUCGUCCUCAAACAUGUCACGCAUAAUAUCGGGUGGUGCUGACAACGGUACUGCCAAUAGGUCGAAUCUAGAAAGGUCGACUGUGACACGGACUUACGUAUCGGGGGGCAUUGAUUUCCCAUCCCAAUCGCAAUCCCAUACUGAACGUCAUAUAACACGUCAUCGUGGAAGUGGUAGCCAACAUGUAUCGAGUGGCAUCGAUUUUCCCUCCUCCUCCUAUAACGCCCAUGGUCAUACCGAACGUAUUAUGACCACACGUCGUGGAAAUCAAUCCUCGAUUAGUUUGGGUAACGAGAAGUUUACUGGUUCCAGUCUCUAUAAGAGUGAAUAUAUUACUGCCCCAACAACAACAACCUGUGCUGUACAUAAGAUUAAACAAGGUGCAUUCCAACAUACCAGAAGUACUCACGAUCAUAAAUUCUAUAAAACCUCUAACUGAGUAAUAUAUAAAACUGAGUAACAUAUAAAAAAACAUUUGUACGACUUGUCUUGUUUUCAAUACACAUAUCACAUAGUGUCUAAGAUUCCAUGACAAUAUUUUUUAUACAAUUUCUAAUAUUUACCUAAUAAAAAAAAAAAAAAACAAA